UGAGCGUGGGAUGACGGUCUGAGAAUCGGGGGAAGUGCGCGUUGGCAUGGCUGCGGCGCGAGAAACGGACGCGUUUGAUGCGAUUGUCAUGGCGGAGGCGAGAUUUCAUGGUGAAGGCUAUCAAGAGGGCUAUGUUGAAGGAACUCAUGCUGGUGUCAUUGAAGGAAGACAAUAUGGAAUACAACAGGGUGCCAAAAUUGGCUUAGAAAUUGGAUCAUACCUUGGUUUUUCGAUGACAUGGCUGAGGUUGCUUCAAAAACACUCGGAUGAUAAACACAGUAAAAAAAUUAAGGUGCUAGAAUCCUUAAUAGAAACGAUCCAGAGAUUUCCUCAUCAGGACCCAACUUAUGACAGUCUUCAAGAAGACCUCGAAAGAAUGAGAGGAAAAUUUAAACAGGUUUGCUCCCUGCUGCAUGUACCAUCUGAUUUCAGACUCAGUAGGGAAGGAUCUGCACUUUCAUUUUGAAAUCGGCAUGAACAGAGAAGACAUCUUUAACUGAAUUUAAGAACUGGUUGAGUCUUGUAAAAAAGGGCAACAUAAGGCUGAGAAAGUAUUUUGUCAGAGAGGAAAGCUGAUUCAUGCCUCACAAGCUAGGAUUCUAAAGUGAAAUUCAACUAAGGUUUGGGAUCCUGGCUUACUCUACACAGGUAUGUGCAUUGGUCCUGUGAGUUGGGGCUUGUUUAAACUGGGAAUUUUCAACCAAGCUCCUUGUGCAAGAGAAUGUGGUAGAAGUGAGUGCACAGACACAGCAGACAAACUGUUCUUGUGCCCCAACAAAACUCUGUUUAAUCACAGUUUAUCAUGACAUCUGAAUUCUGCCUAAAUCUGAAACAUCAGAUACAAAACAGUGUUUUGGGAGUGCCACUUAUAUUAAGUAGUUAACAUUUUGAAGUUCUUAGGCAUGCUUAGGAAGCUGUUUUUAAAGAUUUCAUUCAUAAAUUGAACAUAGCUUUUGAAAGAUU